AUGGCAGUUACUGUACUACCGACCAAUACAAUGUCCGAAUCUAUCAAGCAGGCGGUGCGAUCAACAUCAACCUGCUCCGAUGUCACCGUGUUGUCCCUCCAAACAUUGCUCCGCGGAUCGCCAAAGGUGCCCGAGAAGCCUGUCCGUCGAGCGACAAAGACGACGAAAGAAGCUACCACCACCACAAGUCGGGCGAGAGCUGCUACGAGAGCAACCAAGGCGCGAACACCAACCGAUGUCACCCUACACAUUGUCGACCAAGAUGGAGCUACGCUAUCGCCGCAGGAGAAAUUGGUGCUAGCGACGGAAGUGUUCAAUACGACCCUGAAGACUCUGACGGACGCGUCGAAAACAGCAACAACGAGAAGGCCGGCUGCUUUGUUGGAGACAGUCUCAGUCAAAUCUGGGAGGACGAAUGGGUCCGUCGUGGACAAAGGCGCAGCCGCGACCGCGGAAUGCGCCAGGCUAGCGCUGGCCACACUGCGCGCACUGAAGACCGAGACGCAGUCAUCGAAUGACUACCCGAACAUGCAACUCGAACAAGGCGCUUGUAUCUUGGCUGGAAAGAUGAUCACUCUGGGAUUGAACGAGAUGGCCUGCAAGGAACUUCGAGCCUUGAAACGAAGGAUACAACAAUACCUUGACGCGAGGGCAGUUGGAAAAAGGACCGGAUCGACGAAAGAUAAUGCGGAGGAAGAUACCGGCAAAGAACGCAUGUCGGAUCUUCUGACCUUCUCGAACAUUGCUCAUGCGGGAUCGGUGUACAGCCUCCUGGUCCCCUACCACGCGAACGUAAUGCGACUGCUUGCCGCAGACCGGAAACCCUCGACAACUGCUCGUCUGAUCUCUUUCGUACAGCUCGCAGACCCGAGCAGUCCAGCAUCUGUGAUUUUGGCGGCAAUGGAGUCCGGCAAUUUGACCAGUGAAAAGGCUGCUCUACAACUGCAGCUUCUUUCCAACACUAUACUUUCUUUAUGUCCCAGCAAGUCCAUGUCUACGGAUGAGGCGACUACGAAAGAUUCUCUUCAGCCAGUCUCAAUACUCAGUCUUCAAUUGCUAUCUCUCGAAAUUCGCACACUGAGCUGGAAGCUGUCUGGACAUGUCUGUCAGGAAACUAAGGAACUGGUCGAUCCACUACUGCGCUACCUUGGCAGUUUCUCUCAUCGUAGCAAGAGCGUCGAAAAGUCGGAAUUUGGAGCGAUUUUCAAAACGAUCACUCGAAUCCAGACAUGCAUGGCUGAAGUGAAGAAGCAGCGUCAGGAGAACAAGGACAUCACUGCUUCUGCCAGGAUCAUGACUGUCCUAGGCCAGCUAGCUUUGGAUGCAGGUUGUUUUGAAGAGUCUUUGAAGCUGUUCAACAAGGCGGUCAUUCCAUUCUUUAAUGCCCAGAGCCUGGCACUCGCUACUGCAAGGUGCAAGAUCGCGGCUGUGUACUUUCAAGGUCUCAAAGGAUCACAAAAGUUCGCCGAGGGCGCGUUGAAGGCCAUUUCAGAAGCCAGCACUGCCUUGGGCAUGCAACUCCGAGGAAACGUUAAUGACCUGGACGAAUUACUUGUUGAAGCUGCGAGGCUCAAGAAGCUUGCUCUAGCUUGGUUUGGCGAUGCCAUGGGCAAAGAAGACAAUACGGAGAAGGAUGAAAUAGCCUCCAACAUGCGUGAGUAUCUUCAGGCGUUCUUGAGGCUGUUGCGGCGAUAUGUGGGCCGACCUCCUGCAGAGGAAUGUGAUGAAAAAGAGAUGCAACUGUAUAAAUCUCGCAUUACAAUGUCCAAGAAUAUCAUUCUUGCCGGUGUUGACUCCGUGGUUGCGAUUGGACGACUUUCAAUCAUGUCCCAAAAACCAUCUUGGGCCGAUAUGCUACCCAUUCUCGCGGAUUCCCAUCGCCUUCUCACGAGCGUCGAAACUGCUGACGGUGUCGAUUCGGAUCCAGCUUUUGCAGAGAAUGUGAACGUUGCUCUCGUCAAGCUGUCCAAUCUGUUUUGGUCCCGUUUUGUCAAGGAGAAGGAGGCAGGUCAGGGCUACCGUGAGCUCAUACCCCUUCUAAAACAGUCGACUUCAUUACUGGGCACGUGCCCGAUAACUCAUCGAAAGUCUGCUUUUGCCGCCCUUAAAUAUGAGAGGACUGCCCACGUGUACAUGGAUGCUUCCAGGUACGACGAUGCCGAGCAUGCAUUCAGAUCCUCAAUCUUGGAAUAUGUUGAUGCUGGGGUGCUCGAGGAUGUUGCAAAAGUUAGCGCAGGCGCCAGUCCUCACAUCAUCGAACAUAAUCCCAAGAGCUCUGCAUUUGCAUUCACGCGAGUUCUAUCAGCUUUUUUGAAGUUAAAAUUGCGGAAGAAGGGAAGCAAGUCGUCAUCGCCUCUCAUCUAUGACGAUGAACGCUUGGACUCUAGGUCUCGAGGCACGCUUAUUGAAUGGCAGAUGGGACUUCUUUGUGAUCUUCGGAGCUACGCAUCCAGCGAUGAAGGCUUUCGAGCACUUUUGAAUCCGGUUGUCCAUUUGGUCAUGGAUCUUUAUCUCAGCAACGCCCAUCACGUUCGUCGAGCUCGGGUGCUUCUCUUUGCUCUCCGUUUUUCAUUGGAACACCCCCCUUGCAUGAGUGUCGAGCUCACGAACAAAGUCUUGGAAGUAGCCGCUCAAGUACUCAACUACGGCAACGGGGUCGGGCUGGAUCCUGAUAUGACCAGCUUCGAAACACACAUCACCAAUUCACUUCGCGUCAUUGUCGGUUUCCACCAUGGUAAAAUUGAUGAAUCUGAGUUGAACGAUACCCUCUCUUCUUGGUCCGCCAUGAUUCGCCAGUGCACUGAUGCGGAGUCAUUAUCGCACUCUAUCACAGAUGUUGACUACUGGGUCCUUCAGUUGAAGGCACUGGUUGACUACACUGAAAUACAUAGUCUAUGGAAGACCCAGCUUUCGGUGCUCGAGCUGAUUCUUCGCGUCGCGGAAAUUAUGAAAUCCGGUGACUUUUCUGACGCGAUAUCCAUCCUUGCACGUCUCGUCAUUCAGCACUGCCAUUUCGGACAUUGCCAAAAGGCCGGAGACUUACUUGCCCGCGGUGAGCAGUAUGUGGACCACAGUCAGACUUCCAUCAUCGCCAAAAUUGCCUAUCAGCUGGCACGAGUGGAGUAUCUGCUUGAGACUGGGGACAUUGAAAAAGCUGACCAUGUGCUCGCCACUGCCCGCCUGCUCUAUGAGAAGGGCCGUGACACAGAGGAGCUCAAAAAUCUGACUGGACUAGCGAAGAUCUCCUUGGAGCGAUUAGUCGCAGAUGCGGCUUUCAUUCACUCCCGACUUUCGACCGCGCAGGGGUCCAUGACUCAGGCGCUGUACUUUGCUAAAUUGGCAGUGCGACUCAAUUGCCGAAUCUGGGCAAAGGUUGAGAAGCUGGCGCAGAAGAAGCAAGCCCGGGUCUUGCCUUCGCCUACCACACCGGAUGUUGAGGUCGUCACUGAUGGUGUCGCGCAAAUUGAUUUGUCGCAGAAUGAAAUGCCCUCUGAUUCCUCUACAACUUACGUCCAGGGAGCUCCAUUCUGGCCACACCUGGGGUCCCAUCAUUCAAGUUUGCUGAAUUUGGCAACCUUGUCCGCUCAUCAUGGGCUCUUCCAGGAUGCCAUUUACUACGGGGAGCAGGCGUUGAAGAUUGACCGGACACUAGAUGCCAAUGUGCGCAUGAUAGCGGCUCAAACACAGCUGGGAUCUUAUCGUAUCAUCGGUGGUCAUUUGAGUGAAGGUCAGGAACUUCUUGCCGCUGCUUCCGAGUCAUCGAAGCAUUUGCAGACGAGCGUGGAAUCUGUGGCUCUACACUUGGCACUUGCGUCUUUCUAUGAAUCGCAGGAGCAGCAUGAGAAGGCUCUUCGCGUGUUGAGAGAAGCAGAUAAGCUCAUCACUUCACUGAUCGCCUCUGACGCAGUCCCUUCUCUGGUUAGUCCUAAUGUGGGUGUCCUGGACGAGAAGAUGGCCAAGUUGCAAGUUCGCAGCAGCAGAAAAACAGCUGCGACGCCAGCUCCCGCCACCCCGGCGCGUAGAACGCGGGCCGCGAGCUCAGCUGCUGCACCUCGGACAACCAAGAAGGCUACAGCGUCCAAAGCCCCUCCGCCAGAAAUUCAGUCAAGUACUCUUUUGCGUUUGAGAAGCCUGAUUCUUCGCCAGCAAGCCGAUUGUCUGCGUGCACUCCGAGACUUUGAUGGCUCCGCUCAAUCGCUCAUCGAAGCUCGACAAUGCGCAACCGCUCGGGAGAGCAAGGUCUCUGUCGAGAUCGGAGAGAGUGAGCAUCUUCUUGCGGAUGCUAUCCGCCAUUUCGCCAGCCACGCCGUGUACUGCGUGCUUCCAGAAUCAACCAUCUCUUUACCCUCUCUGACUUCACCUGUAAAGGGUGGGGAGCAGAUCACACCCGUGUCUGUAAAGCCCACGGCCGCGAAGAAGACCCGGACUCCGGCAAGGACCACUCGCACUAAGGCUCAGAAAGCUAGCGAGGACUUUGUCAUGAUGCUCUCAAAGGCAAACGACUGUCUUAUGGGUGUGUUCUCCGAUGCGACUGUUCUUGGCUCAACACUGGACAGCCAUGCUGCGUCACGUUUGAUGAGCCGCAUCUCGAUGCUUUCUCAUGCAACCACCCCCGGGGGCUCUGCCGCAUGGGUUCAAUCACCCGCCAACAUGAAUGAGAUUGGUCGUGUCGGUGCAUUCGCUCGAGAACGUAUGGCCAUUGACUUUGACCGGAAGCUAUCUGAUUUUGGCGACCCGUUGCUUUGGCCGACGUCUGUACCCCAGAAUGAUGAAAUCAGUGGUGACAUUUGCUCCAAUUUUGCGGAAAAGUAUGUCGACAUUCUGCCUGAGAACUGGAAUGUUUUGUCUUUGUCACUGAGUGCGGAUGGGAGUGAAUUUUACGUCUCGCGUCUGCAGAGGAACCGGUCUCCGUUCUUACUUCGACUGCCUCUGCGACGAGGUAAUUCAGAGGAAGACGAGGAAGAACAAUUCACCUUUGAAGACGGCAAGGAAGAGAUGCAAGAGCUCAUCAAAUUGGCCAAUCAAAGCGCACACGCUGCCAAGGCUCAGACCACGAAGCAGAUGAAGAAGGAAUGGUGGAAGAACCGUGAGGAUUUGGAUCGACGCAUGGAGAGUCUCCUUCAAAAUGUGGAAAAUGUCUGGUUUGGGGGCUUCCGUGGAAUUUUUUCUCCUCUUACAAGAAAUUCCGAUGCAUUCGGUCGCUUUGUCGACGCGUUUCAAUCUAUCCUCGAUAAGCACCUGCCUUCGCGCCAAAAGGGCGGCAAAGCGUCCACCCCACGUCUCGUUCUUCAUCAAAAUGUUCUCGAGUUGUUCAUUGGUCUGCGCGACUUGGAAGAUCAGGAAGAGCCCGAUGAUAUCUUGAUGGACCUUCUCUACUUUGUGGUGGACAUUCUUCAAUUUCAGGGUGAGCGCAACGCCUACGACGAGAUCGACUUUGAUAUGAUGGUCGUCGAUACGCUUGACGCUCUGCGAGGCUACCAUGAAGCUGCCCGGGAGGAUGUCGCUGCUGACUCUCCACGCCAUACUGUACUCGUUCUUGACAAAGCACUGCACCUGUUCCCUUGGGAAUCCCUACCAUGUCUCCAGAGCUUCCCUGUCUGCCGCGUGCCUUCCCUCGAAUGUCUGCGAGAUCGAGUCCUUCAGUUCCGUGGCUCGCAGGCUGGCGCCACCAUUCAACGCACCUCUGGUACCUAUCUGCUGAACCCGACGGGCGAUCUGCGCUCUACCCAGGACAGCUUCGAGCCAGGCCUAUCCAGGUUACAGUCCUGGACAGGAAUGGUCAAUCGUGAGCCGUCCGAGGAAGAGUUCCGAUCUGCCUUGGAGACAAAGGACCUUUUCUUAUACUUUGGCCACGGCAGCGGCGCACAGUACAUCCGUGGGCGCACUGUUAAGCGCCUUACCAAAUGCGCAGUUGCUUUUCUGAUGGGCUGUAGCAGUGGCACUCUCACCGAAGCAGGCGAAUACGAGCCCUACGGCACACCUAUGAACUAUUUGCAAGCCGGUAGUCCGGCCCUGGUCGCGACUCUCUGGGAUGUGACCGACAAGGAUAUUGAUCGAUUUGCGACCUCGACAUUCGACUCAUGGGGCCUCCUGGACCGGAAGGGCAAUUCACCUCGUGAAAGUCAGAACAGUCUGGAUGCUGCGGUCGCUGGAGCUCGAGCAUCAUGUGUGUUGAAGUAUUUGAAUGGGGCUGCGCCGGUUGUAUAUGGUGUUCCGGUCUUCUUGGAGUAG